AUGAAUUCAACAGCAGCGCCAGCUGUAAUCAACGCUGUAAAAUCAGUCUGCGCACGGUUCGGUUUGCCCGACGAGAUCGUUUGCGACAACGGCCCGCCUUUCGACUCUCAAGAAUUUAAGGGAUUUCUGUCAACUUGGGACAUAGUUCACAACCCUACAGCGCCAUAUAACCCAAGGUCGAAUGGCAUGGCUGAGCGAUCGGUACAAACUCUCAAACACUCAAAGCUCAAGGCAUCUGAAGACGGUACCGACCUCUUUCUCGUACUUAUGGACUACAGAAACACGCCUUCGGAAGGCUUAAAGUCCCCUGCGGAGCUACUAAUGGGAAGAAGGAUCAGAACAUUAGUUCCCACUCUUCCGCAGCGGCUGAAGCCCCGGUUUCCUUGCACCAAUGCCUACCGGCAGCUUAAGCGUCGUCAAGAAAGGCAACACGUUCAUGGUGACAAGAAAACCAGAAGUCUCCAACCACUGCGGAUCAACCAGAAUGUCUGGGUCAAGCACCAGGAUAAGUGGGUACCCGCUAUCGUUACACAAGUGGGACCUCAGAAGAGGACUUACACAGUUCGUACAGAAAGUGGAACUGUGUAUAGGCGCAACAGAUUUCACCUGAAACCCGCAUAUGGCCGGACAUACCCGUUAGAGGACAGCACGAAACAAUCGUCAGCAGAAGACUAUGGCUAUGGCUAUCCUCAGGAUCAGCAACAGCAUGAUGAUAAUGCGGCAUCGGCACCUGCAAUGGCUGCUCUUACGAAAAAGCUGCAGAAGGACAGCUCCAAGUACGACAACUUUCGCUCGUGA